CUCUCUCUAUCACUCUUUUUUUAUUCUUCUUUGGGUGCACAAAAAACUAACAAAACUCUCUUUUUUUCACAAAUGGCAUCAAAAAUUACCCUAAUGCUUAAGGGAAGAAAGCUUCAGACAUUUACAAUGUCAUAAGUUAUGGAUCACAAAUUUAUGGCAAGAUCAAAGAAGUUUUCAAGAACAAAAGCAAGAGAUCAAGAGUCCACAAGAGUCAAAGAUAUUACUCUUCUUGUGAAGAAGAGUGAUGAAGAUAAUCAACUCAAACAACCAACACUCCAAGAAAUGAUGACUCAACGUGUUAUGUAUAGUUUUGUUUUAUUUCUUAAGUAUUUUUUGGUAAAAUUUCUUACUUUUUCUUCCACAAACUUAUAUCUUUGUGUAAUUGAUUUAAACUAUAUAUUUUUCUACCAAUUUUUAUUAGUUUUUUCUUACAAAAAUUUGGUAAAAACUUGGUUCUUUUUUUUGUGUAAUUUUAAUAAUUUUCUUAAAUUUAUUUUGGCAAAAAUUCACUUAUACAAAAAAUUUUUAAUCUUUUGCACAGGUUUUACUCAUGGCCCCUCUCCCUUACUGUCUCUCUCUUUCUUUCAAGUCCAAGCUCUUCCUCCUCAACUAGUCACUCCUUACGUGGUUGCCCAAUGGCUCAAGAGGGAGCUAAAUGUUGAUGGGCUUGGAUCCAACUAAGCUACAACAUCACGUUUUGUUAAUAUUGUUUUUGCUAUAACUUAAAGAACUUUAUAUUAUUAAUGUAAGGAGUGAACUUUUACCUUUAAAGUUGAAUGAUGUGUUUAUGUUUAUGUCA